UUCAGAAAGGAUAAAUAUGCACAAGAGGCGAACAAUUUGAGAUUUAGGAGGCGAAUAAUAGUUGAAGAAGGCGGAGAAAAGGCGGAGUAAUCAUGGGGACCUUAUGGAAUCAUUGGUUCUGGAUUACAUUAGGGUUCGGAGUCUUAGUUACUUUGGUUCCUCAUUCUUCAGGAGAAUCAUUGAUAGAACCAGAGGUUUUAGAUGAGAGCGUGUUUAUAUCUCUUCCUGCCGGAGCAAGGGGAGGCAAGGUUCUCGUUAUCCCAGAGCAACUGAACCCUGAGCAAGGGUUUCUUGAGCUACAACCCAACCCGGAGCUGAACCCGCUCUGGCCACGAGAAAGAAACCCAAAGGCCAGACAAGAACCUCAUGUAUCCGUGAGUAAAUCUGUGAGUAAAGUGAGUGUAAAAAUGGGCGACGUGUCGGAGGCAGGUUACAGGAGCCUGAAGAAGAUCUCCGAUAUCUACGUGGACCACGGGAUCAGCAACAAGGUGGAGACAAACCGGCCUCAGGCUCUUCAUAUUGAUCCCCAGUUUAUCAGCUACAACCUGGUCUACCGGGAUCCGGAGGAGGAGAAACCAGAACCCAAACCUUCAGGUUUACUCCAGACAAUCAUUGCCAAACUCAAAUCUUUGGCUCGAGCCACCACGUCCAGAAUUCGAAUGUCUAGUAACCUACUGGGUGGAGACAGGUUCAGCUUUCCGGAGGACCAGGAUACAUCCACUCCUGAUACUUCUGAACCCGCCCCAGGCCAGAUUUCUACUACUCCCAUUCAACCCGUGAUUUUCAAUAAAGAAACGGAAUCUGAUAAUAUCUCAAUCCUUGUGGAUGAUCUGAAGGUUUCAGCAGGAGAAUCCAACCCUACACACGGGACGGAGAUCUAUGAUGAGAUAAAUGAGACGGAUGAACCUAGCUCCAGGAUUGAUAUUAAACCUUUAUCAGGUUCAGGAGUAGGAGGAAAGGGAGAGGAAAGGCCAAGAAGUCUAGAUGCUAGAGGGAGAUCCUUACCUCUUCACAUACUAGAGGAUCUAGAAAUCCAGAGUCUAGAACGAAGACUGAGGGAGAAGGCGGAGAGGACGGAGAAUGUCGUGAUCAAGGAGAUCCAGGGGGCGGAGUGGGAGGCGGAGCAGUUGGGGGAGAUAGUAGAGCAGAACCACAGAGAGGCGGAAAGCAAGGCGGAGGAUCUCAUUCAGAGUCAAGGAGAUUUCAAUUUUGAUUUUUCGGCUGAGAAAAUAUUUACUGGAGAUGACGAGGAGCUGAGAAUAGAAGGAGAGAGAAUUGACGCAACAAAUAUCAGCGCAAUCGUUGGAGUCGUCGUCGGGAUAGUCAUCUUUAUUAUCAUCAGCAUAGCUAGAUCAUUGGCAGCUAGAUCAUUGGCAGCUAGAUCAUUGGCAGCUAGAUCAUUGGCAGCUAGAUCAUUGGCAGCUAGAUCAUUGGAUAUGGUUGAGGAUCUAUGUAGCCUGGAUAAUGAUAGUUUCCUGAACAGUCUUGAAGCUGUAACAACUACAGAUUAUUGGGGAGAACCUAAAUAUUAA